UGCGGACGUGUGGAUCGGUUUUCCAUGAAUGGGUGGUGGAUAUAACUCCAUCUUCUGUCUACGGAAGAGCGGGGAUUGUUUUGAAACAGCGCAAUAGAAACGCAAUCUCACGCAACUGUGCGAGUUUGUACCCUGCACUCGAACUAGCCUGCGGAUCCACAGAUAAUGCCUCGGGACAACAUGACCUCUCUCAUCCAGAAAAUUGCCAGGCAAGCCCGCACGACAUUCAGGAACCGCGGCUCGUCCUCCAUCGGCGAAAACAGUAAAGUGUUUCUGGAGAACCACAGUAAACUCAGGGACCUCCUAGCCGAGAUCAGGUCGGAAGAUCUUAAAAUUGUCCCCAGGAAAGUCGACAGCGCCGCGAUCUCGCUACCUCACACGCCCCCGGUGACUUACAUGCACAUAUGCGAGACCGACGCGUUCAGCAUGGGGGUGUUUCUGCUGAAAAACGGCAGCUCCAUCCCGCUGCACGACCAUCCGGGAAUGAACGGGAUGCUGAAAGUCCUCUACGGCAAGGUGAGGAUCAGCUGCUUUGACAAGCUGGAUAAGCCCGCAGACGCCGCUUGCGAGGCGCAGUUCACAGCGCCCCAGGUGCCGUACCGCAAGGAUGCUUUGAGGAGGUCGGUGCUCAGAUCCAUUGGGGAGUACACGGAGGAGAGUGGGCCUUGUAUCCUGACUCCCCAGAAAGACAACCUCCAUCAGAUCGAUGCCGUGGACGGACCCACGGCGUUUCUGGAUAUCUUGGCACCGCCUUACGAUCCCGAUGACGGGAGAGACUGCCACUAUUACAAACUCCUGCAGCCGGUGUCGGACAACUCGGGCAAGAAGUCAGAGUCUCAGGAGCAGCAAGAAGUGUGGUUACUGGAAAUCCCGCAGCCCCCUGAUUUCUGGUGCGGGGGUGAAUCCUACCCUGGUCCCGAGGUUAAGCUCUGAGGAGCGGUUCCGUGAUCUGUCGAAUUACAAUAGUUACAAUAGUAGCUCUAAAACUACAGUAACGGAUCUGUUGAAUGAGUCACAGGACCUACAGGCUGACAUGUUGGUUGAAAUUCACUUUGUAGAUAGUUUUACAUAAAAAGGGUUCAUCAGCCAGCUUAGAGCAUUAUUAAUAACUGUCUUUUUUUGAGAAUUGCUUCUGUAGACAAGGCGUUAGCGUGAAAGCCGUGUCAUCUUAUAUCCCUUGUUAUGUUUAAUCAUUGUCUAUACUUAAAACGUGUAACUCAAGUAAAUUGAUUUGCAAAGCAUUUAUUGCGGUUCUUAAGUGUGAUUACCUUAAUUGUAGCCUUCAAUUGCAUUUAAAUUAUUUGAAGUGAGAAAAUUAUUAUACAUUGUCCUAACUGCUAUCUAAAUGUUUUUUUAGCUUAUCUAAAUAAAAUAUACACUCACUUGUACAUGCUUUUCUCAGUUUCAGAUUGAUUCAUCUAGAAAACAAAAUCAAAUUGGGAAUAGUAUGUUUGCGAAAGAUACUCAUGGUAAUGUUUAAGGAACACCACAAAAAUAUUUAACAAUAGACAGAUACUCCAUAUUUCAGAAUGACGUGUGCAAUAGUUUUGUUAUAUGGUCUGCAGUUUAUUGAACAAUGAUUCAGGAAAACGUUUUUCAUCAUUCAGUAAUAAAAAUGGCAAUAAGCAGCUAAA